AUGGCGAACCACCUUAGUAGCAGCCAUGGUAAUGGCUCACAACAGACAUUUAGCAUUCGCGAUAUACCGAAAAGCAAUAACUUCACGUUGAAGCUUCCUCCGGACCCUCAGUAUCCUACGCCUGGAGCAUCUCAUAAGGAAGUACGCAUCAAGCUCGGGCCCCGACUCGUGAGGGACGCAGCAUACACAUAUGUACGCCCAGAGUCUUUCGAGAAGACGGAGCUUGUAGGCGUGUCGAAAGCAGCCUUACGAGAUCUUGCGAUCGAUCCAUCGACGACCGAGACGGAAGACUUCAAGGAUACAGUAGCUGGUGAGAAGAUCAUCACACUUGAGGAUGGACAAGAACCAAGAGACAAGGAUGUCUAUCCGUGGGCGCAGUGCUACGGUGGUUAUCAAUUUGGUCAAUGGGCUGGACAGCUAGGUGACGGAAGGGCGAUAUCACUCUUCGAAACGACAAAUCCGUCGACAGGUGUACGAUAUGAAUUACAGCUCAAGGGCGCUGGAAAGACACCAUACUCGCGCUUCGCAGACGGCAGAGCUGUCGUACGAAGUAGCAUCCGGGAGUUCGUGGUCAGUGAGGCACUCAAUGCGCUUGGUAUACCUUCGACAAGAGCCUUGAGCUUGACUUUGGCACCGGAGUCAAAAGUGAGAAGAGAACGAACAGAGCCCGGUGCUAUCGUUGCUCGCUUCGCGCAGUCAUGGCUACGGAUAGGCACAUUCGAUCUUCCGAGGUCGAGAGGAGAUCGUGCCACAAUCAGGAAGCUUGCCGCAUAUGCUGGUGAAGAAGUGUUCGGAGGUUGGGAUAAUCUGCCUGCAAAGCUCAAGUCGAAUGAAGGUCAAGACCUGCUUGAGCCUGGUAGUGGUGUGAGCAGAGACGAUCUACAAGGAGAGAACGAGUUCCAGGAGAAUCGCUUCACACGGUUAUAUCGAGAGGUCGCACGACGGAACGCGAAGAUGGUUGCAUGGUGGCAGGCUUACGCGUUCACGAAUGGCGUGCUUAAUACAGACAACACUUCCAUCUUCGGCCUUUCAAUCGACUUCGGUCCCUUCGCUUUCCUAGACAACUUCGAUCCGAACUACACGCCAAAUCAUGACGACCAUAUGCUUCGAUACUCAUACAAGAACCAGCCCUCCAUCAUCUGGUGGAACCUUGUCCGCCUCGGUGAAUCACUCGGCGAACUCAUAGGCGCCGGCUCUCGUUGCGACGAGAAGGAGUUUGUUGAAGAAGGCGUCAGCAAAGACUUCGCAGACGAGCUUGUCAAACGCGCGGAGACGCUCAUCGAGCAGACCGGGGAAGAAUACAAGGCUGUCUUCAUGGCAGAGUACAAGCGUCUCAUGACCGCUCGCCUAGGUCUGAAACAAUGCAAGGACUCCGACUUCGACACCCUCUACUCCGAGCUUCUAGACACUCUCGAAGCACUUGAACUAGACUUCAAUCAUUUCUUCCGCCGACUUAGCUACAUCAGCACGGAAGACCUUGAUACCGAAGAAAAGCGAAAAGAAGCUGCAGGCCUCUUCUUCCACAAAGAUGGCCUGAGUGGCCUCGUAGCCUCCGAAUCCGAUGCCCGGACACGUCUCGGCAAAUGGCUAGGACUCUGGCGUGAGCGAAUCAUAGAAGAUUGGCCCAACAGUCCUGAGUCGCGCGAGGAGCGGUUCCAAGCUAUGCGUGCUGUAAACCCGAAGUUCAUUCCUCGAUCGUGGAUUUUGGAUGAGGUCAUUGAACGGGUUGAGAAGAAAGGGGAGAGGGAUGUUUUGGGGAGGGUGAUGGAGAUGGCGUUGAAUCCUUUCCAGGAGAGCUGGGGUGGUGACAAGGAGGAGGAGGAGAGGUUUUGUGGCGAUGUGCCGAAGUAUCAGCGGGCUAUGCAAUGUAGUUGUAGUUCUUGA